AUGCUGGGCUCUGGAUUUAAAGCUGAGCGUUUACGAGUCAAUUUGAGAUUAGUCAUAAACCGUCUUAAACUGUUGGAGAAAAAAAAAACGGAAUUGGCCCAGAAAGCAAGGAAAGAGAUUGCUGACUAUCUGGCUGCUGGGAAGGAUGAACGAGCUCGAAUCCGAGUGGAGCACAUCAUUCGAGAAGACUACCUUGUGGAGGCCAUGGAGAUCCUGGAACUGUACUGUGACCUGCUGCUGGCUCGAUUUGGCCUCAUCCAGUCUAUGAAGGAGUUAGAUUCUGGUUUGGCUGAAUCUGUGUCUACAUUGAUUUGGGCUGCUCCUCGACUCCAGUCAGAAGUGGCAGAGCUGAAAAUUGUUGCUGAUCAACUCUGUGCCAAGUAUAGCAAGGAAUAUGGCAAGUUAUGUCGGACCAACCAGAUUGGAACUGUGAAUGAUAGGUUAAUGCACAAACUGAGUGUGGAGGCCCCACCCAAAAUCCUAGUGGAGAGAUACCUGAUUGAAAUUGCCAAGAACUACAAUGUGCCCUAUGAGCCCGACUCUGUGGUCAUGGCAGAAGCUCCUCCUGGAGUAGAGACAGAUCUUAUUGAUGUUGGAUUCACAGAUGAUGUGAAGAAAGGGGGCCCUGGAAGAGGAGGUGGAGGCGGCUUCACAGCACCAGUUGGUGGACCUGACGGAACAGUGCCAAUGCCUAUGCCCAUGCCCAUGCCAUCUCCAAACACUCCUUUCUCAUACCCGCUUCCAAAGGGACCUUCGGAUUUCAAUGGAUUGCCAGUGGGAACUUAUCAAGCCUUUCCCAAUAUUCAUCCACCUCAGAUUCCAGCAACUCCCCCAUCGUAUGAAUCUGUUGAUGACAUUAAUGCUGAUAAGAAUGUGUCUUCUACACAGAUUGUUGGUCCUGGGCCCAAGCCAGAGGCUCCUGCAAAGCCCGCUUCGAGGCCCACAGAGACCUACGACAACUUUGUGCUGCCAGAGUUGCCGUCUGUGCCAGAUACACUCCCAACUGCAUCUGCUGGUGCCAACACCUCAGCAUCAGAGGACAUUGACUUUGAUGAUCUUUCCCGGAGAUUUGAGGAGCUGAAAAAGAAAACAUAG